CGCUGAAAGUAAUACAGGAACGGAUGACAAAGUCGAUUCGAUUCCCCUGAGUGAUGUCACUGUGACUGCCAAUAUUUUCCAAGGCCGAAUUUACCGGCCCCGGUUGUGUCGAGGCAACAAUCUUCUCGACGCCGUACUUUGGUUUUCAAUCGCUCUGCAAAAGGGGCUCAGACUGCAUGCAUCCACCAAGAGCAACAUCUCUAAACCCUUGUAGCUUCGCAGCUCCAUGUCGUAACUGGCUGAUUUUUGCGAUGAAGGGUGGGAUUGGGAUCGUGUACGAAUUCUGAAAGGUUUGAGGUGGAGAGCACUUCAUGUAAAAUUGCAGAGAUGGGAUCAGCGGCUGCGAUUCGGAUCUGAAGCAGUCCUGAUGCAUUAUUAUGGCACUCACUGCAGCAGCGACACACUUAUUCUUGCAGAAACCGAGAUAAUUUUUACGAUAAACGCGACUGACUUUAUCCUUUGACAAGUUGUAAACGACAGCGGGGAAGGAUAAUGUCGGAGGUUUCCAAGGUCCGGACCAGCUGCGACAGAGUUUCGAUGCGCAGGCAUAUGCUCUUCGAAACAUAGCAAGAAUAGCAAGAACACUGUUUCGUUCCAGCGGCAAGUGUAACGACAGCGGAUGUGUUCACACCUCUGUCCCCCGAUCUCCGUGUGGGACUCACCAGAAGCGCGUACAGAUGACUUGCGCUGACGACAUUGACGACAUUGCGAAGCACUCGGUUCAGUGAUCUCCCGGUAGAUGUUAAUGUUGCUCGCAUAACGGCUGCCAUGUCUAUCACUCUGACCAUCCAAAAGGCUAAUGUGUGCCCUCAUCUUUACAUUCGACGAAGCUCGUGGCCUUAAAAAAACACGAGCGCAGUCUAUCAUAUCCUUUGAUCGGGCGCGACCCGAUCAAAUGAUAUCUUAUCAUUGAAGAAGUGGCCCGGAUCCUGAGUUGGCGUCCUACGUAACUGCACCGAGCUCCCAAUUUCAAGGGAAUUCCGCGAUAUGCAGUAAGCAUUAUCAUCAUCCUGGUGCAUCCUCGAGGAGAGUUCCGGGAAAUCCUACACUGCACCUUUUGUUGACAUGCCGGUAAUAUUGGGAAUGCAGCAUCACCUGGGGCUGGAGAAGAGACAAUCGAUGGCAUACUCGUGGGCCCAUGUCGAGCUUAGGUCCAGAAACUCGGGAUCUCUGCUCCUUGUUUCUAUUGGGAAUUCCUUGCCAAGAGAACUAAUCUGACCUCCAUAUAGAUAUUACUGUGUAUAUAUGCGUGUUCUUGUUCUCACAGUUUCUUCCGUUUACUUACUCGUCCACCAUGUGCCUCAUUUGGUUCAUAGAACAUAAUUAUGUAACGAGGGGCUGAAGAGAAGCCAGCUGCCGAGAGCUGGGAUACUUAACCUGUUCCACCAGCCCCUAAGAGGGCACAGUCAGAACGCGCCGGGGCAGUCUUUGGAUCAGUCGACGCAAAUAUUCUUCAGAGGAGUUGUACAGAAGUGUUGAGAGCGACAACAAUGACGGAAGGGGGCCGGGUUAGUGGCGAAGCGAAGCCCAGGUCGACACGAUCGACAAUCGGCUGUGCUGUUCAGCUAAAAAUCAUCAGCAGUAGAAUGAGCCAAGGAGGCGGGAGGACCGAAAAAUAAAUCGACCCAGUUACUCACAACAUACGACGUUGACGAAGGUGGUUUAGUCGCUGCCCUCCCUCUCUGCCUUCCUCUCAAUCGAGCUUGAGAAAUUGCGCUGUUGACGUGGGACUCGAGGACAGAAUCCGAUCAUUUCGGCGUGGGGUUUUCUCCGGAAUGAUGCGCGAGAUUCCUUGACUCUUAGGGCGGGAGGAGCGCAACGAGUCAAACGAGACAUCAAAUCUCAACACGGUGACGAACUUGUCAAAUGCAGUUACGAUAACGUGCGUGUGCCAUCUGAACCAAGUCCGCCAGUUCGAGCGCCAGGGUUUACUCCUGUCGUCAGCGACGUGAACAAAUCACUCUGGCACUAGCAGCGACGAUUCAGUGGUAGCGCUAGCUGUAGCGUACAGUGCGCUCGGAAUCGCCCGAAAGUCCGAGCACUGGCCGCGUGGAAUUUGACGAUGCGUCUAGUAGGUAAAAGAUCCCAAGCGUCCCCGUCGAGUCCAAUGCCCCACUCCCCCACUCACUCACUCACUCACUCACUCACUCAGGCCGAGCGAAUCCGUCCCCGCCGUGGGGCCAUGACUCAUGUCGCGCCCUGUCUCUCGCCCCUUCCUCGCCACCUGCGAUUCCGGGCAGCCUGCUGAACACGAAAUCUCCCGGUACAGACAUGUUGGAGAGACGGGACGGACGGGACCGACGACGCACAGAUAUCCUGUACGAGGCGGUCGGAAGAGUACACGGCGGUCAACUCAACUCCCGUGCACUGACUGCGGUGUGGAAAACCUCGGAUAUCAGGCUCGACCCGCCGGACAAACUGCACUGAGCCGGUGAUCCUGCGGACGCCGAUGAUCGACCUCCUGAAUCCCGAUCGCCGAACUCGACUCGAUUAUAAAACAGAAAUUACGAGCCUGCCCGCUGCCCGCUGCCCGCUGCCUACAUCCAUGCUCGAAGUCGGCGGUCGGUCCAGCGACCUUCCCUUCUGUGCCGUCGGCGGAAGGACGGAACUGCUCUGUUCGGUUCCGUACCUCGGGAACGGCUGGCCUGGUGGUCGGCGGCGUGCCAUGCCUCGAGGACCUAGCAGCAACGCCCGCCCGCCCUGGUUGAAGGGCAGAGGCCCACUUUCCAGCCUCGAUUCAACGACACAGCCAACGGAUACCGCUGCCCUUUUCGUUCCCUGCAUCGUGUCUGUGUCGACCCGAGGUCUAACUUGGCAGUGUGCGAACGGACUGCUGCUGCGCCACAAUGCACAGCCUGGCACCGUCAUUCCUUUGUCUUACUGUCGAGCAUUCGCGUUUCAUGUCUCUUCUUCUCCCCAUGUAUCGAACGGUCGGCUUUGCCUUUACUCCAUCAUUCGUACAGAUGACUGUCAAUGAUUUGAGUUUGUGAUUUUGCGUUUCAACGUUUAGAUCUGUGUCUGUUCAUGUGGUACUUUGUAUAUUCUCCAGUAUUUCCUCGGGCAGCGUAGAAGGUUAUUGAACAAUUAUUUGACUCUAUGGUUUUUAUUGCAGAAACAAUAUGAUCAUAUAUUUUC